GUCAUUCUAAUAUUUACAAAAACCUUAGAGAAUGGAAUGUUUACGCGCCGCAUUAAUAAGCAAAGUAUUGAAUUGAGAUGCGAAAACAGUUGUGGUUCAAAUAUAUUUCUGCUGGGAAAACACACGUGUAUCUGUUUUUAACCUUGACAAAAAUUGCUUAUUCUGUCCUGUUGGCAUUAAUGAGAAGGCAUUCACAAAUUAAGUUGUUCCUUGUUUUGAUCUCUAACGUUUUAUCUUAUCACAUAAAAUAUGUUUAGCUUCAUCCGAUGGAUGUACAGGCGAAUUUUCAUCCUAGUUGUACUGUUUGUACAUAAUUUUUUUGAAUUCGUAAAUACAUCGAUUUUAGACGAUCAUUCGCAUUGGCUACAGGAAUGUGCACCAUUUCGUACAAAUCAACAAUUGCUCGAUUACACGUGUAAGCCGUUUAGUUGGAAUAGCUUAGUCGAACCGUGUGUGACACGAUGUAACGCACGAAAGUAUGGGGAGCAUUUUGAACAUAUUCAGGAAAAUGUUCAGAACAUUACGGAGCCCAAUGAGAGAACUCGACCGAAAGUAUUGGUGUGCCAUGACAUGGCUGGAAACUAUCGCGGCGAUCGGUUCCUUCAUGGUUCGAGAAAGUACGACGACUAUCGCUUUUAUCACUGGGCUGGCAUCGACUUGUUCAAUUAUUUCAGCCACAACUACAUCACCAUACCACCUUUGUGUUGGAUCAAUGCAGGCCACCGGAAUGGGGUACAAGUUCUCGGAACGAUAAUUAUCGAGUUUGAUGAAGCGAAGAAAAUUCUCGAUGAAUUGCUGCACUCAAGACAAGAUCUGUAUCGAUUCGCUGAGGCAUUUGUGCUUGUCACCAAAAACUUUGGGUUCGAUGGAUGGCUUUUGAACAUAGAAUGUGGCAUCGCUGCAGACCAAGUGCCAAAACUAAAAGAAUUUGUGCGCCAAUUGACCAAGCGUAUUCACGAAGAAAUUCCCAAUGGGGUGGUCAUUUGGUAUGACAGUGUGAUUGAAUCAGGGUCGUUGAGAUGGCAAAAUGAAGUAAAUGAAGAAAAUAUUGACAUGUAUCAAGGCACCGAUGGCAUUCUACUGAAUUAUUGGUGGAGCCGACAACAUUUGGAACGAACUGUCAAUAUUUUGAGGAAUGAUCCAGAAGAACUGGCAAAGGUCUUCGUUGGUAUCGAUGUAUUUGGUCGUGGCCAAUCAGGUGGAUUCCAUACACAUGAGACCCUGCGUCCAAUCAAAGAUUACAAUUUAUCAAUUGGAAUUUUUGCUCCCGGUUGGACGUUUGAGAAUAUGCCAGAUGAGCACCCAAUGCGUGCUGAAGGUACCGAUAACAUCAAUACAAAAUUCCUUAAACGCAAUACUCGAUUUUGGUCGUUGCUUUGGACACAGCUCUACUCACGUGGACCAAACACCUUGCCAUUCUACACCUCAUUCUGUUUAGGUUCCGGCAAAAAACAGUAUCGAAAUGGUCUUCAAAUUGGCAAUGAACCAUGGUUCAAUUUGCUGGAGCAACAAUAUCAACCUUCAGUGCCUUCUCACUUUGAGUAUCAAUUUGAAGAGGCUUAUCAUGGUGGAUCUUGCAUCAAAUUCGUUGAAACCGUCCGCAACAUUCGACUGUUUGCAACCGAUUUUUCAUUGAAAGACAAUCUGAUUGCAUCGUUUGUGUUCAAACGAUCCGACCCAGCAAUCGAUAUUCAGCUUGUAUUGAAUGUUCAAAAUGGAAAAGGUGAUCAAAGCCUUUUGGUCUACUGCAACAGUGAUAUACGUAACAAAUUAAAUGCCAUACUGAAGCCGUGUGAACGACAUGUAAAUCCAUUGAGAAGAAACCUUCUGAAAUACACCGUAGUUGGCCUGAGUAAUCGACACGAAAAAAUAUUCCCAUCCAGCAAUCGAGCAAUAAAUGGGUGGGAGACUCGUUACUACUACUUGAACUUCGAUGGCAUUGCCAAACUUGGCCGAAUCGUUGAUAUCGGUGUAUCAAUUAAUAAAGAGAAUAAUUGGAACGAAAAUGACUCGGUUCUAUUGGGCGCACUGCACAUUCAUUGCGGAAUCAAAGACGAAGAACGAAUCACUGCCGAACUCGAUCCAAUUUCAUUCAAUGAAAAUGGUGGAUUCAAAGAGCUCAACAUGUAAGGUAUCAAAUCAAACGAUACACCCUUUCCGAAAAAGUCACAAAAGAAAGUUACCAAAACCAACUUUUAAUUUACUAGAAAUUGCUUUAAAAGCUAAACUGUAUUUAAAUUUCAUAAAAGACACUUUGAUGUAACGUCAUUGAAUAUAUGUGUACAACUAAGAAGAUAUUUUAUUGGAACGUGCAUAAAAACCCCGAUAACAUCAAAGCAUUUACCUUAUAUGCCGUGUAAAAUAAUAUGAUCCAUGUACAAACGACAUCGGCGAUGUCAAAAUUUUGUUGAGUGUAUACAGCAACUCAAAAUAGCUCGAAGGAUAACAUAAUAGUUGGCAUUGAUAAUAAUGCAAACAUUUUGACAAUAAUGAA